AUGGACUUCUUUUUCAAAAAUUCGUAUCUGGAACCCAAGCCGGUGCUUGCCGGUUCUAAUCAAGCGUCUCCUUCUAAAUCGUUGACCAUUGCAGUAGCCAUUAGUGGUAGCACCAAAAGCAAGAAUGUACUUAAGUGGGCGCUCAAGAAGUUUGCUUCCGAGAAAAAUAUCGUUUUCAAGCUGAUUCACAUCCAUCCAAAGCUUACCUCUAUACCUACACCUUCCGGAAGCAUAGUCUCUAUCACUGAGGCACCAGAGGAUGUGGCGGUUACCUAUAGGCGACAAGUUAUGCAGGAGACUAAAGAAACUCUUCUGAAACCUUACAAGAAGAUGUGUGAGCGUAAAAAGGUUGGAGUGGAACUUCUAGUGAUAGAAUCAAAUAGUGUUGCAGUGGCAAUAACCAGAGAGGUUAAUCAACAUUCGAUCAGCAUGCUUGUUAUUGGACGGUCAUGUAAUGUUGGCUUGUACGGGAAUAAUGAUAUUACCGCAAUGAUAGCACACUAUGUGUCAAACCUUUGCACAGUCUAUGUUGUCUCAAAAGGAGUCUAUGUUCUUUCGAAAGAGAAAUUAGCUUCAGCUUCAACUUCAGACACAGAUAGGAAUGAAACUUUAAGAGAUACUGGUAGUGAUAGAAGCUCUAGCUGUUCUUCUGGUUCAGGGACUAUCUCAGAUGCAAUGUCGUCAACAAAUGCACUCAAAUCCAAGUCUCUUGCUCUGUCCAAUAAGAGAUUGCAACAUCUCCCAACAAUAGUAAGAGGGGUUUCUGGUCGUGGGGAAACUGACUCAGAUGAAACUGGAAGUUCGGAUGCUGCAGAGGAAGUAAGCAAGAUAAGUAGCCUUGAAACAUCGCAUACCGUGUCUCGAGAUUCCGAUGAGAGAAAAGACGGUAUGAGUCAUAUCUCUAGCAACCCUGAAUAUGAAAAUGUUACUAGUCAAGGUGAAGAUUAUUUCACAGACGACCAGGACACACUGGAAGAAAUUACAAAGUUGAGAGAUGAACUUAGACAAGCUCAAAAAAUGUAUGCAGUGGCUCAAAUAGAGACCUUGGAUGCUUCUCGAACGCUAAAUGAGCUAAAGUUGGAAGAGCUAACACUGCAAGAGCAGGGAACAAAAGGUUUAGCAGAAAAGGAAACACAGCAGAAGAGAAUGGAAGAGAAAGAGACCACACAGAGAAGAGAAGCCGAGAUGAAAGUAGCCGCCCUUGGAGAAGCCAAAGAGAAGGAGAAGCUUGUAGAAAGCUCCCUUGUGGCUCCUAAGGUGCAAUAUCAAGAGUUCACUUGGGAAGAAAUCACUACCGCAACUUCAUCAUUCUCUCAAGAUCUUAAGAUCGGAGAAGGAGCUUACGGUGCUGUUUACAAAUGCAGUCUUCACCAUACAGUCGCCGCUGUCAAAGUUUUGCAUUCCCCUGAAAGUAAUCUAUCCAAGCAGUUCGAUCAAGAGCUCGAGAUCUUGAGCAAGAUCAGGCAUCCACACUUGGUUCUUCUAUUAGGAGCAUGCCGUGAGCGUGGAGCUCUAGUCUACGAGUACAUGGAAAACGGUAGCUUGGAAGAUAGACUAUUCCAAGUCAACAAUAGCCAGCCACUCCCAUGGUUCGUACGCUUCAGAAUCGCUUGGGAAGUCGCUUCAGCGCUAGUCUUCCUCCACAAAUCAAAACCAACGCCAAUCAUCCACCGUGAUCUUAAACCAGCCAACAUCCUUCUCAAUCGCAACUUCGUUAGUAAAGUAGGAGAUGUUGGUCUCUCCACAAUGAUCCAAAACGACAUAUUAUCAACCAAGUUCACAAUGUACAAACAGACAAGUCCCGUGGGAACAUUAUGUUAUAUCGAUCCCGAAUAUCAACGAACCGGGAUGUUAUCUACAAAGUCAGACGUCUAUGCCUUGGGAAUGAUUAUUCUCCAGCUUCUUACAGCUCAGCCGGCUAUAGCACUGACCUAUAAAGUAGAAAUAGCCAUGGAGAACAAUGACGAUGAAGAGUUGAUACAAAUUCUUGAUAAAAAAGCAGGUGACUGGCCAAUGGAAGAAACCAGGAAACUAGCUGCGUUAGCCCUACACUGUACAGAGAUCCGAGCUAAAGACAGGCCAGACCUGGAAAAACAGAUUCUUCCAACAUUAGAGAGCUUGAAGAAGGUUGCUGAAAAAGCAAGGAAAAUGAUUACCUCUGCGCCGAAGCAACCUCCUACCCACUUCAUCUGCCCAUUACUUAAGGAUGUGAUAAAGGAUCCAUGUAUUGCGGCUGACGGAUACACUUAUGAUCGGAAAGCCAUAGAGAAGUGGAUGGAGGAGCACCGUAGCUCGCCGGUGACUGGUUCACCCUUAGAAAACAUGACCCUUUUGCCCAAUAACACUCUUCAUGCAGCCAUUGUCGAGUGGAGACGUAGAAACCAGUAAGGCAAACCAAAAGCGAGCGCUCCGUGAUGAAUGGUGGUGUUA